AUGAUUCAGAGGAAUGAGGUGGUGCUCGCCGUCCUGGGUGAGCUUCAGGAGGCCACAGAAUCUCAGGGCCUGAACGCCCUGAUUAAAGUUGCCCUGGAAGUAGAGCAGGUGCUUGCGCCCUUCCACCUCCCCAGUGCGUUGUGCACAGAGAUUUCAUUCUGGAUGGGUAUUGACGGAGUGGCUCACAGACUGUACCCAGCUGAUGCACCAGCUGACCUGCUUCCUCUGGUCUGCAAAGGGAAGGGCAACCUGUUGUUUGAUGCAGCUAGCAUGCUACUAGUGGGCUCCACGAGUCUGAGCUUGGAGCUGCAGGUAAGGGCAGUGGUGGAGAUGUUGCUAUGGAAACGCUACUAUCUGAAUGGCAUGAUUGAUUCCAAGGUCAUGCUGCAGGCAGCCAGGUUUUCCCUCUGUGCUGAGGAAUCCCAGGACAUGCUCAAACUUCCCAUGCAAGUGCUUGAGGCCAUCUUUGAUGCAGACGUCAAGGCCUCUUGUUUCCCUGGCUCUUUUGCGAAUAUGUGGCAUGUCUAUGCUCUGUCUUCGGUCCUCCAGUGCAACAUCUAUUCUAUCUACCCUAUGUACAACCUGAAGAUUAGGCCUUAUUUCAAUCGUCUUAUCCGCCCCAGAACAUGGCACAAGGACACGGAGCCCUUGACCCUCCACAUUAUGUGGUCAGGUGAACUGGAGGCAGGCUCCAUAUUUAAACCACACAAUUUUGUGGCCUUAAUUCCUGCCAGUGACCUCAAAAUCGGAAGCCCCUACAGUGAGCAGCAUUUGCCACCUGGGAAAUCUCUAGAGCUUCUAGGUCAGGACUUGCAGCUGUCCUACUCCACUCUCAAAGACAAGUUCAACAUCACAAAGAGCACCUUCUAUCGCUGGAGGAGGCAAAGCACAGAGUAUCACAAGAAAUCCGUUGCCAGGUAUGAGGCCAAACACUUUUUUCAGACCUGCUACAAAGAAGGCAAGCUCAUACCCCAGAACCAGUUCAGAGAGUUCUUUCCAGAAAUUUCCAGGUCCACAUACUAUGCAUGGAAACAUGAACUCAUGUCUACUGGCAGUAUUGUGUCUGUUGGCUCUAAUGAAGAGCUCAGCCCUGGAGAAAGCAUUGAUCAUGAUUGUUGGACCUCUCCAGAGAUCAAGAAGCAUCCCAUCCAGGAGACCUUCAACAGCAUGCUAGCCCUCAAGUCUGAGAAGCCAGAGGGAGAUCGUGCUCAGAAUGCUGCUCUGAUGCAGGAAGCAAAGAAAAGCCUCCAAAUCUGUAUCGCCACAAACACUUCAUUCCCUUACAGAAUUUUCAAAAGAAGAUUCCCAGGAAUUUCUCGGUCCACAUACUACAACUGGAGGAGAGAGGCCAUGUUGUUCACUCCUUUCAGGGACCUCUCAGGGAGUGGCGAGGAAUGCUUGGAUGCUGAUAAAGUACAGUAUCCUAAAGAGAAGUCAUCAAUAGCUUCACUAGGGGGUCGCAGGUUAGCCACAAGAGUUAAGAUUGCAAGGCGUAGUCAUGAAAGCCUUAGACUCCUCUACCUCCAGAAGAAAAGACUCAGAGAAGAGGCCAAAGCAUGUGUCCAGAAGUCUAAGAUGUCCCUGUUCAAAUUCAAGCUCAAGUUUCCAUCCAUCUCCUCCUGUUACUACUGGCUUUGGAGAUAUUCUCUCAACAAGAAAGCUCAGAAAGAGUCCAGCCUGAGUUUGGAGAGUGGUGAGCCUAAAAGGUUGGACAUAACUGAAGAUGCAUUGCAACAUGUGAGAGGAAGUCAGGUUCUGUUUGCUUCUGAUGGAAACAUGGAUUGCCUAAAUGGAAAAACAAAGAGCCCCACUAAGUUCAGCCUGCCUGAAAACCCUCUGUGUGACAAGACCAACGAUGAGCAAAUGUUUGUGAUGGAUGUUGUGGCAUUGGCUAAUUUCAAGGCCAAAGCUAAACUGUUCCUGCAGCAGCGCUUUGAAGAAAAGUCUUUUCCCACGUUCAAAGAGUUCAGAUCAUACUUUCCUCUCACCCCACGCUCCACCUAUUACAUGUGGAAGAGGGCUUUGCAUCAUGGUGUGCCUUUAGUUCAUGGCCAGGUGGCUUAA